GCGGCUGCGCUGUUCUGCGAGAGCGGGGAUUGACCGGAUUGUCUGCCUCUUGUCGGCUCGCUGCGCUUCACUCUCCGCAUUCCGACCCCUGGUGAUGUUCAGUUCGAAAGCCACGUCAAUCUCACCGUCCAUCUCGAUGGAGCAGACGGACACGGACGCCCUGGACAUCAGCACUAAGGUGCAGCUUUACGGCGUUUUGUGGAAGAAGCCCUUCGGACGGCCGUCUGCCAAGUGGUCCCGGAGGUUCUUCAUCAUCAAGGACAGCUUUCUUCUUUACUAUGCAGAAAACGAGAAGAAAAGCUUUGAGACUAACAAGUACUUUAACAUCCAUCCAAAGGGUGUUAUCCCGCUAGGAGGAUGCAUCGUAGAACCUCGGGAAGAGCCGGGUAUGCCUUAUGCCAUGACGGUGUCUCAUGACGACUUCCACGGCAACAUCAUCCUGGCAGCUGAAUCUGAGUCUGAACAAGCCCAGUGGUUGGACCUGCUACAAGAAUCAGGAAAAGUCACCUGGAAAAAUGCCCAGCUAGGAGAAGCCAUGAUUGAAAGUCUUGAAGCUCAAGGACUGCAGCUGGCAAAGGAGAAACAGGAAUAUCUGGAUAAGCUUAUGGAGGAAACAGAAGAACUGUGCUCCCAAAGAGAACAAAAGGAGAGGCUGGAGAAGCUGAAUCAGGUUCUAGAGGAAGAGAAGCAGCAGUUUGAGGAGGUGGUGCAAGAGCUGAGAAUCGAGCAGGAGCAAAUAAAACGUGAGCUAAACCUGACAGCCCAGUCUCUGUGUGCAGUGGAAGCUGAGAAGGAGCAGCUGCAUUGCUUGACGGAGUCGCUGCAGAAAACACUGGAGGACCUCUCUCUAGAAAAGCAGCGGACAUUGGACCUGCUAAAACAGACCGAUGAGCAGCAGGACCGGCAGCAUUUGACAGAUCCCAGUCAUGUGGUUGGAAAUGGAAAUCUGCAUGGAAAUUUGAGGCAGAUUGAGGAGAAGAUGAACAGACUGCUGAAGGAGAAACUUCAGGCAGAAGAGCGGCUACAGGAGAAUGAGGAGCGUGCCCGAGCUUUGCAGGCAGAGCGAGAGUUUUAUUCCUCACAGUCCCGAGCCCUGCAGCUCUCCUUAUCUGAACUGACAGUAGAGAAGCGAAAGACUGAGGCAGAACUCAAGGCAGAGAUUGAGGUCCGUGUUAAACUGGAACAGAGGCUGAAGCUUGCAGAGGAAGCCCUCCAGAGUCUGGAACAAGGCCUGAACUCACAAGAGAGAUCUCAGGAGAAGGACGAGCAGAUGAAAGGCGACGUGAGCCAGCUAAAAAGGUUCUUUGAGGAGUGCAUCAGAAGUGCUGAAAUUGAAGCAAAGCUGCCUGUCAUCAUGAAAAACUCUGUGUACAUCCAUAAAGCGACCGCCCGCCGAAUUAAGAGUUGUCGCAUUCAAAGGAAAGCAUCGGGCAGUAACUGGGGCCUUUUGAGACAUUCACAGUCCUUCAUCAUUUCUCCCGGUGAAGAUGACGGUCUACAGGACUUGAGGGAAACAGCUCGUCGACUGACUCACGAUCACCUUUUCAGAGAAAGCGUUUAUCAGAUCAUGUCACGUAAGGACUCUUCUCGCAGAGAGAAGCAGGACUGAGCCUAAUCAGGUGAAGUCUGCAGAGGUAUCUUUAUUUUGAGAUUUUCACAGCCCAAAGUCUGCGGGUGUAGUCAGUGUUCUGCGGACUGGUCACCUGAGGGUCUGGUGAAGUUUUCUUCAUUCUGUUUCACCACAGGCUUAUCUGGCUUUGUGUAAAGCUACAGUCUGUUUUAGAGAUUGAGCCUGUGUCCUCACACUUCCAAGACCAGAGCACCUGCAUACAUGUUCUUUUAAGACAUCAAUUAGUUAUCAUUUAUUCUCCUUUGUAUAGCAGCUUUUAUGAACUUACUUUGCAGAAAAAAAGACCAAACGACUUCCAGAUGUUUUACACGAUCGGACUCUCGGAAGGCCAGCAGCUUAAUCUGUAAGCCUGUGGUUUUAGGAGCAGCUCGUCGCUCAAUUGGCUAUACUGAUGUGCUGGACAUUCAUCAAUGACAAUCACUGGACACAAAGAAGACACCAGUGGGCAAAAACCAUGGCCUCCGGGCCAGUUGUGACUGGACAGUGGCUUACAGAGAAUGACUGCUAUCUUCUCACGCGAGGCACACACUUGUUCAGUGAGCGAGAUAACAAAAUACCCCACACAUCAUGGCUUGAACCCAAAAGGGACUGUGAAAGCAUAUGUGAGGCCUCGAUCAAUGAGACCAUGAUGGAUUAUUUUUCUUUAGGAAUGUUUGGGCGGUUCAAUGACUUUUGUUGUUUCCACCUAGUUGGCUCCGUACUUGUAUGUGUGUACCGUAUAAGUGAAAUAAGCUUUGUUUUCUUUGACUUUUUUCAGAAUACACACAGGCAGCCAUUCUUUUCAUUUCCUUUUUCUCCUUCAAGGACUGCAUCAGCAAUACGUGAGAAGAACAGCAUCUACCGCGGGUUUGCACAACUUGUUCCCAUCAGCCUAUCUACUGAGUUGAAGCCUUGGUGUGUAAAUAUGCCACUGUUUAAGCCAGUAAUGGUCUCAAAGUCACACUGUAAAAUAAAUAUUGGAAUCUGAAAAUUG